CUGUCACUGAGUGUAAACAACAACUGGGCCAGCUAUGUGGGGAGCCUGGGCAGGUUGUCGGGUUUAUUUAUUCACGCUCAUGUACAUCCUCGGCUAAUACUUAAUUUACACACAUAGUAAAAUCAGCAUUAUAUGAAUACAUCACCGCUCUGGAUGUUGAUUGAGGGAGAUGGAGUUACCAUUCGACCCGCCCUCCACCCCAGGAAAAACACCCGGCAGCCUAGUGAAACAGGCGUCUCGGAGCUUUGCUCUGAGAUUAAUUGAUAUUUCUCUACCAGUAAUAGGAAAAUAUUGGGAGGGAGAGAUCAAACCUGGAGAAAAUACUAAGUUUACCAAGAAAAAGGCCCCAGACAAGAGCGGUCUUGUUAAACACCUGCAGAACGUGCAGCGGUGGUACCGUCUGGACGAGUAUCUGUCGAGUCACAAUUCAGAAAUUCGCCGGCUUAUUUGUGAAGCUAUUGCUGAAGCUCUGCCAUCUUUAAUGCCAGUAGAUGAUGCUGAGCCACUCUUCAUGUUUACUCUGCAAAUUAUGUUUUGCCUUGAAGCUGGGUUUUUCAGCCAAAGUAGAGAGAUAUAUGACGGUAGACUCAGCCGAAGCUUUGCGGAGUUCUUGCAGUUCUUGAUGCCGUUUGGUGUAGAAACAAUUUAUACGACGUGCAUCAGUUUUCGCAAUGCUAUGCCUAUCCUUGUGUUGAUAAAGAAUUCACCAUAUCUAAAACAUGUUCAUCUGUACAGGAAUCUCAGCAAUCAUGUUCUUACUCAAUUAAGAAAAUAUUGCCCAAAUAUUGAAUCAAUAACACUAAGUGGACAUAAUGUAGUGAGUGAGGAGUAUCUCUUUAGAGCAUUCUUUGGUGGUAAGGACAAAACUCAGGUUAUAAGUUGUGUUGAGUGCAGGGAAAAAUUGAAACUUUCUUUUCCCAAGCUGAAGAGUGUAAAUAUGUUGAUGGACUUAGAUAAUGAUGACAUAAUGUUCUUCCUUCAGCACUAUUAUCCUAAUAUUAAAACUAGCUGGACAAAAAGCAUUGCUGAAAAUAGACUCACUCCACCCACUCUGAAGACUGUACUUAACCCACCCCCACGUUUACUAGAACAUGGAUAUUAUUAUGAAUUUGACACUUUGGAGUUUACAAUGAGGAGGCAUACUCUGGAGAACUGGAUUGUGGAUGAGGAACACAUAGAGUAUCCAAAAGUAAAACAUGUUUCAAUAUUUCACGCCUGUCAUGAUCUGUCUGAGCAAAAGGAAAUAAAAGAAAAAAUUAAAGAUGUUGUGGAACGACUUGGAUGUACUACCUUCUCAUAUUCCUCACCUCCUGCUGAGGACUAUUUAGACACUCUGAGUGUUAGCAUUCCUGUUCUUGAAACAUUAGGAACUUGUUUGACUGAAGCACAUUUGAGUACAUUUGAAGUCCUUGAUGCCAGGAUACUUUUUAAUUGCUUAGAUUUGUGUCCUGGUUUAACAAUUUUUUCAAUUAAUGCCUCGCGGAUUCAAAUGGACUCUGGUUUGCCCAUAGUAGGGUUGAAUAAGCUUCCACAUUUACAUUCUCUGGGCAUGAGUGUCAAAACAUUAAAUAACUCUGAGAAGUCUUGUCUAGAUUACAUGGUUCGUGCAGCACCAAAUCUUAAAACCGUUGAACUGUUUGGAGCCAACUUGCAGUCUGUGGUACAGGACUUAGUAAUCUCAGGAGCUUUGUCCAAAAUACAAAUUCUCUCCCUACACAAGAGCAUGUCUUGGUUUACUGACCAUGAUUUACAGAACUGUAUAUUCUUAGGAGAAAACUUGUGUUCUCUCUCUGUGCUCAUGUUGAAUCCUAUUCUUAGACAGACACUUUUCCAAAUCAAAACUCAUUUCAUCCACACACAACUCAAAGUUAUUCAUAGAUAUAAAAUGUUAAUAGGUUAAGUCAUGUUAGGAGGUAAUUGAUUGUUUUACUUGUGGUUGUGAAUAUAAACUUGUCAUAGCAGCUGAGCUAAUUGAUAUAAGUAUUUAUUGCUGAAUAAUGUGAUGGAUAUUCACCUCAUGUGAUAAAAUACUAUAGAAUGUAUAGUAUGUAACUUAGAUAGUCAUUCACAGGGUUCUCAUUAUCAGUUGGCUGCUGGCCAAAUUAACCUGUUUAACUGAUGUAUGGGUUGGUUCAUAUUUUUCCUGAAACAAAGUCUUAAUUUGUCUCUAAACAAAUGGGUAUUAAUUUCAUUACUCAGAGACAUUGUAGUUUGUUCUGUUUGUUUGGGCUUCUUUCUGAAACAUUUUGUGAAGAUCCUGUAGUCAGAAUAGGGUGGCCAGCGUAAGUCUUCCUCCUUAGCACUUGGUUACAGAUCACCCCCCUAAUAGAGUACAGUGGUACUACACAUUCUCUGGACACAUUUACAUGUUGGUUUAGAUAUUGCAGAAGUGAAAUAGUUGGCCUUUGUUUGCACUAAAUUUUGAAAGUAAAAGAGAAGUUUUACCUAAGCAAGGUUUGACAAAUGAGAGUGUCUUAAGUAAGGACCAGGAAGAGACAGGAAGGAAGAAGUUUACACAAAAAGGAAGAGAUUGAGACUGAGAUUGUAGCAAGGUUUGACUGGGUAAUGAAGAGUUAAGAAAGUGUCAUUUUUCUCAGUUAUGUAUCAUUUUGUUGCCUGCAGUGUCCAAGCCUUGUUUGUGAAUUUUUUUAUUUAUUUACCUUUCAUCUUGCUACAUCACUGAGGUUCUCUUUUACAGUACAGUAUGAUGGUUCAUAUAAUCUCUUCUUUCUAGUGCCUAAUACACUUUGGCAUCUUUCCACAUAAUGAUCAGUGUUUGAAAAGUACCACGAGCAGAACCAUUUAUUUUUCGGGUGACAUAAACCAACCAAACAUCACUUAUUCUAGAUGUCUUCUUUCUGUCAGGGGGUCGAUGACUCUGGCUCCCCACUUCAAAUGUUUCAGUCCGUCUUUACCAAUGCUCUGUUGUUUUGUAUCUCCAGUCAGCUAGCUUUUAAUUUGAUUUGUAUAUCGGUCUCUGCCUCCCCUUUUGCCCUCCAACCUUUAUUUUUACCUAGUCUGGAAGCUAAUCCAUGUGUGGUGUUGCAAUGAUUUUCAGCUUUUGUUUCUCGGAGUCAUGAUGGUCUUCUUAACCAGUGCAGUACUACUAUUACUGAACACUUAAGGCCUUAAUAUCAAAAUGGAAGGCACUUGAACACACAUAAAAAAGCUAACCCAACAUGACCCACAGCAGGACUGGCAGAAACAUCAGCGCACUUGUGUUUGAAACAAAACGUCCAAUUCUGUACAGUUGUUUGAAGAAUUUGUGUAAUGCUUUGCGAUAAUACUCUACUUUUUAAUGAGUAAAGAUGUUUGUAAAAUACAGGACAGUCUGUAAUUAAAUUAAAUUGACUAUUUAGCAAUAAUAUUAACUGAUCAGAUGAGAAAUCAGACAUUGCACAAUGAGCUGUCACAUACUGGAUGACAUAAAUAAAGUUGGACAGACUAGCCAAAAAGUGACAUAAUUUUUUUAUUAUAAUUAAAUAAAUUUAAUUUCAAAAGAUUAAUUAACCAAAAGAUGAACAACGGGGUAACAAACAGUAAUGGCUGGCCGUACAGGUAUUCUAUAUAUGUGAACUUUUGGUAUCUGAAAUUUCACAUAACUGAAAUAGACAAAUUAGGGACCAUUUUUCUAUGUAUGCUGAUAUGAAGCUACAGUCACCCCAGAGAGUAUUAAAGGAACAAGUGCUAGUGUACAGUAUUCCCCUUAAGUAUAUUUCAUGAGAAAAUGUUAACAAAUUUUAAAGAUUUCCACUUGAAUAGAAACCCUGAAGAUAUCUGAAUACAAUAUAAAUACACCCACAAUUGGUAACUUGGGUAUUUUGUAUUUCUUGCAUGUGUAGAGUACAGCUGCACUUGAGGCUAUGUAAGGCAUUCACUAAUAUUUUAUCUUCCAUCACAUCACAUUAUAUGGUUAUAUUUUCUUUGAACUGAAAUAUUGUUUUAUUUGUGUACAUUUAUAUUACCUCAACUCUAGAUUUUUGUCUCAAUUCAAGAGAAAUUUUUGAUUUUUAUAGCAGAUGUGUUUUUACUAAUGUACAAUAGUGUCUUAACUGUUGUACACUCCAUGGGGUGCUGAGGCUCUUGGGGAUGUUUGGAAGCCACUGGUAAUCAAACUAACAUUAAAAAUGUCAACUUUUUAUUUCAACACAGUUUUGAACUCCACCAGGAUCUUCCUGAAGUGUAAAUAUGUAAGUGAUGCUACAAGAACAUUUUGGGGACCAUGAGAGAUUUGUCAGUCACAAAGAAUGCCUCCUGUAGAAGCAGCUACUGUACUGUACUCAAAACAAGUGAGCACAACAGUGUAGGUGCAAAGAGCAUAUGCACACAGAUUAUUUAUGUAGAGCCAGUCACUUAAAAUCAUCUGCAUGUAGUUGUCUAUAUAGCGGGCAACUGGGCUUGUGCAGUAUAUCCUUUCAGCCUUCCUUAUGUAACCACAACUGAAGAGGUUGCUGGUGGAUGUACAAAGCUUGAUUUACAGUAAAGUUUGGUUUAUUCGGCAACCAGUGUCUCUUAAGUCACAUCACUUAAUCUUCCAAAGCAGUUAUGUUCCACAAGUUAGAGAGAAUGAAUGACAACAGGUGGGAUCAGGGUGAACAGAAUCCAUCUGUCACCCAAAUUUAACCGACUGACCUGCUUAUGUAUAACUCCUGUGUUUUCGUUUGUAUUUCUUUAUUACAAAAUACAGUACCUUGUUUACAGUUAACAUAAUUGCAAGCCAUAACCUCUGACCUCUUAUCAUUGUGACAACAUGUUGAAAUUGGUUGAUCCCUAAAGUGUUCACGUGCAGGGAUUAGAGAACUGAAUCACCUUUACUGUAUCUUAUUGAGUUUUGUAUUUAAUGCUUCCCAAAAUCAGGGGGUAUAUACAGUAUUGUACUCUGUGCUUUAUUUGUCUGUUUGUUUGUUCAUCCUGCUUUUUAUGUCCGCUCUAUACCUUUAGAACCAGAGAAAGAUUGUUGUGAUAUUUUACAGGAAGGUUAAAGCUAGCAAGACAAUGUGGUGUGAUGACUCUCCUCUUGAUGGUGUCACACUUUGGUCAAAGGUCAAAAGUGGACAUUUUUAGGAAACGUCCUCUGGUUGUACCAAUUUUCUUGUACUUUAUUGUUGUUGUUGUGGAGAGUUAGGCAGAAAAGUAUAGAAAUUUAAGUUUUUAAAUAUUAAAUAUCAAAGAAUUACAGAACCAUUUGCUCAGUUUUUCUUAAAUUAAGAGUACAGUAAUUGAUAUAUUAAGUGUAGAAAGUGUGCAUUUUUUUUUUUGAGGUUAUCUUGACUAUCCCAGCUGAGGGAGACUGAAUCUCUUUGUACCCACUGGAUCCAUCACAGAUGUAUCCUAACCCAAGAAAAGGUAAAGCCAGUACAGUACAGUCAGUACUGCGGUAUUAUAGCGAGAAAACUUAAUAAAGAAGGCAAUUUAUGUGAUGAUUAGUAAUAAGUUAAAUUUAAUGACAGAAAAGUCUAGUUUUUGUGUUGUAAACUUAUGAGGAGUCAUUGAAAAUUAUAUUGCCAGAAAGAUUUAUAAAUUUUCAUUUCAAAUGGGCCCCAGUCCUAGUAGACCCCAAUGUAACCGUUCAUGAGUUUUGCAUACGGCAUGUAUAAUAGGAUUUGGCCCUAUUGCUAAUGGUUGGGUUGUGAUCUUAUAAGGCUGGAGCCUGUAUAAUGUUUUGUUAAUGUGAUGGAGUAAGUUAUUGCAGCUGGUGUUUGCCUUUUGAAUGUUCAUUUACAUCACUUCCAAUACUUCAUUAUAAGAUAAAAGAAUAUCAUUCGCGAAUUGUCAAAGGGUAUGUCUUUAUGUUGUAAAGAAGGAAAGUAAUUUAAAAUUACUCCUUUGUAUCAUAUGAAAUUGUGUUUAAUAUGUUACACUGUAUACUAAGUAACCCGGUCAUAGUAAGUACAGUACAGUAUUUAUGGAGAGUUUGACGUGACACUGACACCCCUCGAGUCUGUCAAAUAGUUCACAACACAUUACCUUGGUGACAAAGUGUUGUAACUCCACAGUUUAAAAGGUCACUGAGUGCAGUAUGUAAGAAUGAACUGCCACCUUACAUGAUGUGUAAUGUGACUCUUGCUGAAAUACAGUACCAGUUAAUUAUAUGAUUUAAUAUCUUUUACUUAGAUUAAAGUUAAUGGAACACUUUAUGUACUGUAUCAAGAAAAUUAUCAGGAGAAAGUUACAAUACUUUUGUCCUAAGGCAUUGAACAGCUCUUUAAAGACUAUAGGUAUUGUUUCUCACAGAUAUGAGUUGUAAUAUCAGUAUUUUUACGCAUAUAUCCAGACGCUAGUUAGAGUGUCGGAUGAAAAGGAAAUCUGCAAGGACCUACUGCAUGGCUUUUGCACAAGAAAACCAUCAUUAUUAAUUACUCAGCAAUAGUCAGAGAGAAACAACUAUAAUAAUGAUAUAUACAUAUAUAUAUAUAUAUAUACUAUAUACUACACGUAUCGUAACUUAUUCAUAUAUAGGGCAGUAUAUAGUCACAAUUCACCAGCCGCAGGCAUUUUACCUCGGUUAGGCUGUAUAAACUUCCUUAUUAAUUUUAUGCUUGACUAUGACAUAAUUUUCAAGAGAAUAUUUCAGUGUUUGGCGUAAGAAAUGCUUUAUGCAUAAGUUACUGAUAAGUACAUAUACUGUAUAUGACAUAUGACAAUGACUGAGAAUUAGGGAAAUAUUUUGAAUGUUAAAGAAUUUUUACUUUACAGUGUUGGUUUCUUUUGUGUUCAUAUUUUCCACAGCCAGUAUUUACAUUUUCUUAAUGCUUUAUAGUACAGUUCAGUAUUUUAUAUCUUUAACAAAAAAUACACAAAAUUACUUAGAGACUGUAUCAUUUAUUAUUGUGUUUCAAUAGUAAUGAAUUUAUUUAUUCAUCAGUUGCCUUACAUGUAUUGUACAAUACAUGUAUAGUGAAAUUUGAAAGUGAAAUGUUAAUGUAGGUGUAAGACUGAAUGUUUGAGUUUAAGGGGAAGUUAAGUGUUGUGUAGCAAUGGUUUCAGUGAUAAAGACUGUACGUUCCACAGAAAUUACCAAAGGAUAACUUUAUUUAAUUAAACUUACUCCUGUGGAAGUGUAAUGUGUUUGGUACCAUCUGCUGAGGAAAGAGCAAUUUAAUUUUGGAGAGAGUGGAUGAGAAGGGAAGGUCAUAUUAGUUUUCAGUAAUCAGCUGCUUGAUGAGAUGGAUAUUGCACUCUUUGAGUGCAUUUGUUGUUUAAUACUGGAGUAUUACUGUAUAACCUGUAUUCAUUUGCAUAAAUAAUUCAUCAGUGUACAUAGUGCAGUUAUGGCAAAAGUUGAAGAUAUGCUGUGUACUGUCAGACAAAUUAUCUCUGUCACACAAGGUAGGGAUAGUUUUGCUCUUCUUUCUUUUGACACGAUGUUUACCUCUAAGUUUUCAUAAUUGGAUUAAUGGAUGUUAUAGUAUAUCUCUGUUACUUUAAGAAAUAUAACUAUAUAUUUCCAAACAAAAUGUGAACACUAUGCUACUGUACUGGACCAUUAUGAGAUAAACAUGUCUUGGAGAUAGCGUCAGUUUCUGUUACAAGUUAUGGAAAUAUACAUUAUGAUUAUAC